AUGGCCGUACCGUACGUGCUGUGCCUCUGGAUUUUAGGGGUUUUAACAUCCGUAAAAGGAUUUUAUUUACCCGGCUUAGCCCCAGUAAACUACUGCAAAAUUGGCGAAGAUAGCGGAAAGUCUUGUAAAAGUGAUAUUCCACUAUAUGUAAAUAGAUUGAACACCGAAGAAUCAGUAAUACCCUUUGAAUAUCACCACUUUGACUUUUGUUUAUCCAAUGAAGCUCAAUCGCCUGUGGAGAACCUUGGUCAAGUUGUAUUUGGGGAGAGAAUUCGCCCGAGUCCAUACAAAAUAAACUUUUUAGAAAAUGCAACAUGUCAGCAUCUAUGCACUAAAACUUAUAGAGGCUCAGACCCUGAAUCUACAAAAAAGCUUAAUCUUUUGAAAAUGGGUAUGGCUCUUUACUAUCAACAUCAUUGGAUCAUAGACAAUAUGCCAGUGACUUGGUGUUAUCUUGUGAAUGAAGGUGGGAAAUCAUACUGCAGUACUGGUUUCCCUAUGGGAUGUCAAGUACGAAGAAAUUUUGAUACUUGUAAUCCAAUUGUAAAUACAUCACCAAGCAAGCUUGGAGUAUACUAUCUAUUUAAUCAUGUGGAUAUUGAUAUUACCUACCACAGUGGUGGCACUGAGGAGUGGGCUGUCGGAUUUGGAGAGAAUGGUGGUAGAAUUAUUUCUGUGAAGGUCCGACCAACAAGUAUCAACCAUCAAAAUCCUGAAAAGCCCGACUGCACCAUUCAGAGCCCUUUGGAGAUUCCAAACACCCUAACGAAUGACGAAACCUUCAACAUAGCAUACACAUACAGCGUUCAUUUUAUUAAGAACAAUACGAAUAAGUGGUCCUCAAGAUGGGACUAUAUACUUGAAUCGAUGCCACAGACGAAUAUCCAGUGGUUUUCAAUAUUAAAUUCACUUGUGAUCGUUCUGUUCCUAAGUGGUAUGGUUGCGAUGAUUUUGCUGCGAACUCUACAUAAGGAUAUUGCGAGAUACAAUCAGAUGGAGUGCGGUGAAGAUGCUCAGGAAGAGUUUGGGUGGAAGUUAGUUCAUGGAGAUGUGUUUAGACCCCCUCGUCGCGGUAUGUUGUUAGCUGUAUUCCUUGGAUCUGGUUCGCAGGUGUUCGGUAUGACGCUAGUGACCCUAGCCUUUGCCUGCCUGGGAUUCCUCUCACCGGCGAAUAGAGGAGCCUUGAUGACCUGCGCUCUAGUUGUUUGGGUUCUUCUUGGAGCUGCCGCGGGUUACGUCAGCGCACGGAUCUACAAGAGCUUCGGGGGACGACGGUGGAAGAGCAAUAUACUGCUGACGUCCAUGCUGUGUCCCGGGGUGGUCUUUUCGAUCUUCUUCAUCCUCAACCUAGUGCUGUGGGGUAAGGGAUCGUCGGCAGCAAUUCCCUUCUCGACUCUUGUGGCUCUCCUCGCUUUGUGGUUCGGAGUUUCAGUACCAUUAACAUUUAUCGGUGCCUACUUUGGAUUUAGGAAGAGGAUUUUAGACCACCCUGUGCGUACGAACCAAAUCCCUCGUCAAAUUCCCGAACAGUCUCUCUACACUCAACCCGUUCCCGGGAUCAUAAUGGGAGGAGUUCUGCCGUUUGGAUGCAUCUUUAUUCAAUUGUUCUUUAUUCUCAAUUCUCUAUGGUCCAGCCAGAUGUACUACAUGUUCGGUUUCCUCUUCCUCGUGUUCAUGAUUCUGGUAAUCACCUGUUCCGAGACCACGAUCCUCCUCUGCUACUUCCACCUGUGCGCCGAAGACUACCACUGGUGGUGGAGGGCCUUCCUCAGCUCUGGGUCCACCGCUGGCUACCUCUUCAUAUACUGCUGCCACUACUUCGUCACAAAACUGAAUAUUGAGGAUGCUGUCUCUACGUUCCUCUACUUUGGGUAUACAACGAUAAUGGUAUUUUUGUUCUUCCUUCUAACAGGUACUAUUGGUUUUAUGGCUUGCUUCUGGUUUGUUCGGAAGAUAUACAGUGUUGUUAAGGUUGAUUAA